AUGGGUCCUCUUAUACAACGAUUUGGUGAUCUAGGCCCAAGAGAACUGCAAAUACACGAGCUAGCUUCAGUUGCGCAGGCGUGUAACAUAAAUGGAUGGCUCCUUAGAGGAGCUCGAUCUCCGGCUGCAGAAGAGCUUCACACACAUCUCACCACCAUUCCUCUCCCCUCACUAAGCUCCAUUGAAGACUCUUAUGUGUGGGAGAUAGAUGGAACUGAGAUACAGAACUUCUCCACUAGAAAAACUUGGAGUAUGGUGAGAAACAGAGCCUUGGAGCAGACCUGGACUAUGAACAUUUGGUUCAAAGGUCACAUCCCUAGACACGCUUUCACAACUUGGGUAGCGUUUCAGGAUCGUUUACCUACAAGAUCGAGACUGGUUGAUUGGGGCAUGAACAUCCCCUCAUCUUGCUGUCUAUGUAGCUUGCUGGAUGAAAGUAGGGACCAUUUGUUCCUGCAGUGCGAGGUGAGUGAAGCAAUUUGGGCAUCUGUCCUGUUUCGUCUUGGAUAUUCCCAUUGGGGGUUCCACACUUGGACUGCCUUCUCGGAAUGGAUGAGUUUGCAAGACACGGUGGUGAGCUUAACGCUCAAGCGCAUGGUUGCUCAGGUCACCAUAUCAACGAUUUGGAUGGAGAGAAACAAGCGGCUGCAUGAUGGAGUGUCUCAGUCGCCUGAGGUUAUCUUCAAGAGGAUUGACCGCAUCAUCCGGGAUGCAAUUCUAGGAAGAAGGAAGACUGAUCUAUUCCAACCCCUGAUGCAGGAAUGGUUCAGAUUUGAGUAG